AUGGUGUACGUGGAGGCAGGUCAAGCGUCUGUGACUGUUCCAAAUGACCAACUGCUACAGUCAGAGGCACAAUGGAGAGUCUGGAUAAGUCACGUUGAGUCUGCGGCUAUGUCCGAGAACGUUUGGAGAUAUCUUGAUCCGGACGAGGCCAUUGUCCCUGAAGUCCCAGAUCUUCCCACACGUUUCCCUGAACCAUCCGAUCUUGAUCAGGAUGCAGUCGAUGCUAUCGAUCUGAGUGAUAAACUGCUCAUGAAGUAUGAUAAGCUCUGUAGCCAAUUCGUUAAGAAGAGAGCUUUGGUAACGGCCACCCAGAAGGCUCUGGCGCGUAUCAAUAGCUAUAUUAUCGCGAGAGUGGCAAAAGAGUAUCAUCCACAGUUGACUUCCUGCAAGACGCCGAGCCAGAAGCUAGUUCAAUUAUUCUGUUCCAACCAAAAGGAUCUACUCGCCACCAAGACCUUCGCAACGAAUGGCGACAGCUAUCUCUUAUUCUUAUAG